UGAUCAUUUGCAAUUGUCAAAGAUGCUCGGCCGGACGGUCUUCCUUCAACUGGUGCUCCAGCACGUCUUGGUCCAAGGAUACUACUACUUCGAUUAUGGCUAUUGGGAGAUUAAUGAGCCGCCGCCACUGUGCUCCGACUACGAGAUGCUGAUCGUGAACACCAGGCAGUGUGUGCGACGCUGCAACAUUGUCUGCCUGGGUGGUGUGUGUUUUGAGGAUGGCGUCUGCCCUUGUGCCGAUCAGUAUAUGGGGGCCAAUCCGGACGGACUGGUCUGCGCUGCCGAGUGUCUGCCCGGCUGUCGGGAGGCUGGUGGGUACUGUGCCGCCCCGGAUCUAUGUGUGUGCAGGAAGGACAGGCACUACUACUUUGAUGCACUUUCGCGUCGUUGUCGCCACAGGGGUGCACGCCUUCUGGCCCCCUGCCACGGGCGAUGCACCCACGGCCGUUGUUCCUACGACGGAUCAUGCAUUUGUGCCCAGGGCUAUGAGCUCCGCACCACCCUGCUACACGGGCAGCAGUGCACGCCCAUCUGCCAGCACGACUGGGGACCCCAUGCAUACUGUUUCUCUCCCAACAUGUGCGCCUGCCGUCACAAGCACCACCAUUAUGGCCAUAAUGGCAUUUGCACCAAAGACUAUUAACAUUGGGGACAGAGAGCUGCAGUCGUCUGGGUCUGUUUUAGGUCCCACAAUGCUGCUGACGUCAUUCGUUCGAAUUUUUCUCAAUUUACCAUUGCAGAUUUUAUAA